AUGUAUAAACCAUUGGGAAUUUGUCUUUUCCAUCAUUGAACUUUGUCAUUUUUUACAUUUUUACUGACUGAUAAUUUUUUUUGAUCUCUACCAAAACGUUUUAUUCCGUUAGUCAUAAUAUUUCAUAGAUUUCUAGUCCAAUAUUCAACGUUGCCGAUUCCAUUUUUUCAAACACAAUAUCACUGUUUUUCUGUGAAUAUCCGAAAAAUGUCUGUACCAAAUGUUCUUGCUAAAAAAUUGUCCAUUGACAAAUUGAAUUUGAAAGACAAACGUGUUCUUACCAGGGUUGACUUCAAUGUUCCAAUGAAAGAUGGAAAAAUCACAAAUAAUCAACGUAUUGUGGCUGCAAUUCCAACCAUCAAACAUGCUCUUGAUAAUGGAGCCAAAGCUGUAGUUUUGAUGAGCCAUCUUGGUCGUCCGGAUGGUUUUCGUAAUUCGAAAUACUCUUUGCGACCAGUUGCCGAAGAAGUUAGCCGAUUGCUUAACAAAAAUGUCACCUUUCUGAACGAUUGUGUUGGUCCUGAAAUUGAAAAUUCUUGUGCCAAUCCUACACCCGGUUCGGUAAUCCUGUUGGAAAAUCUUCGAUUCCAUCUUGAAGAAGAAGGAAAAGGAGUCAAUCCAGAAACACAGGAAAAAGUCAAAGCAACACCAGAAGAGAUUGAAGCUUUUCGAGCAUCAUUAACUCGUAUGGGAGAUGUUUAUAUCAACGAUGCUUUCGGUACAGCUCAUCGAGCUCAUUCAUCGAUCGUUGGAAUUGCUCUUGAAGAGCGAGCUUGUGGAUUUUUAAUGAAAAAAGAAUUGGAUUACUUUUCUAAAAUUCUCUACGAACCGGAACGACCACUUUUGGCUAUUUUGGGAGGUGCCAAAGUCAAGGAUAAAAUUCAAUUAAUUGAAAACUUAUUGGACAAAGUGAAUGAAAUGAUCAUUGUCGGUGGUAUGGCUUUCACUUUUUUGAAGAGAUUGAAAGGAAUGUCCAUUGGUAGCUCAUUGUAUGACAAUGAAGGAGCUGAAAUUGUUGAAAAAUUGGUGGACAAAGCUAAAAAGAAUGAUGUCCAACUUCAUUUUCCGAUCGAUUUUGUUACCGGUGAUAAGUUUUCUGAAACAGCUGCUGUAGGUCAUGCCACUUUAGAACAAGGCAUUCCCGAUGGAUGGAUGGGAUUAGAUUGUGGUCAGGCUUCAGUAGAGCUAUUUAAAUUACCUCUAUCACGAGCCAAAACUAUUGUCUGGAACGGCCCUGUUGGUGUAUUUGAAUUUGAUAAUUUCGCCAAAGGAACCAAAGCUGUUAUGGAUGCUGUUGUGGAAGCUACACAACGUGGUGCUACAACCAUCAUUGGUGGUGGUGAUACGGCUACUUGUUGUGCAAAAUGGGGAACCGAAGAUAAAGUCAGUCAUGUUAGUACUGGUGGUGGAGCUAGUUUGGAAUUAUUGGAAGGCAAACUAUUGCCAGGUAUUGCAGCCCUUUCUGAAACAAAAUAAAUGAUCAUCUGGAAUUUGGAACAUUUCACUUUUAAUCUUAGUACAAUUUAUCUCUAGUUUUAUUCGAAAAUUUGUUUUGUUUUUUUUUCUUUUAUCAUUUGCUUUGUGAAACACAUAUUUUAACAACGACAACAACAGCAAAAUCGAAUUUACAUUAUUAUUAAAAUAUUAGAAACAUUCUAGACAAA